CAUGGUCAGCAGUUUUGUUUCCCAAAUGACUGAUGGACUUGAAAAUAGGAGCAUUCAUGGAGUGAGCACAAAUGGGCACCUAAUAGAACCUAAUGGAGGGGUUUUUGGAUCAUCUGGUAAUGGAAGCUGUUUUCUUCAUGGAAAUCAUUAUGCAUGGAACAACUCCAACUCACAUCAGCAGCACCCUUCAGGUGCCAGGAUUUGGCCCAAUUCGCCGUCUUUUGUCAAUGGUGUUCAGCAUAUGCCUGCAUUUCCUAGGGUACCUUCUGUCAUGCUGAAUGCAGCAUCACCCGUACAUCACUACACUGGGUCAGCACCACCAGUUAAUUCACCAUUAUGGGCAGGUGACAUGCCUAUGCUGGGAAAUCUCCUGACACCUCCAGUUUUCCCUUAGGAUCUCUAGGGAAUGUUGGAUUUCCUGGUAGUUCUCCAUCACACCCUGUUGAAAUUGCUUCUCACAACAUUUUCUCACAUGCUGGUGGAAACAAUGGUGUGGUAUACUCUCCUCAGCAAAUGUAUCACCUUUUCCCUGGAAGAAACCCUGUGAUAUCCAUGCAGGUUCUUUUGAGUCUCCCAAUGAGCAUGUGAGAAAUUUCUGGCACCAUAGAAAUGAAUUGAAUUCUAAUAGUGCUGAUAAGAAACAAUAUGAGCUUGACAUUGACUGCAUCAUAUGUGGGGAAGGCAGCAGAACAACGCUGAUGAUAAAGAACAUUCCAAACA